GACAACAAAAAAGCAAUAAACUUUUUUUUAAAAAUUAUUCUUCUUUUCUGUUUCCAACACAAAUGAAGAAUGCCACCAUUGUGUAUGUGGAUAAAUAUAGCGUCAAGUUUGAUCUCAUUUCUAAUGCCUCUAAAUAUGGUUUUCAAAAUCCAUUAAUCGCGUGCUGUGGCUAUGGUGGAUCGCCAUGUAACUACAAUCCCAACGUCACUUGUGGGCAGGCUGGUUACAAUGUUUGCAAAGAAGGGUCUCGGUACAUAAGCUGGGAUGGAGUUCACCAUGCUGAAGCUGCCAAUCCUAUUUUUGCAUCCAAGAUACUCUCAAGCAAUUACUCUAGUCCUCAAGUUAAGUUUAAUUUUUUUUGUAAUGAUAAGAUAAUGAUAAACAUCAUAAAAUCAUAAGAAGCAAGAGAUUUAUUGCUGCCAUGUGCAGUCUAUCUUUUAGUACGUAGUUUUAGGGAUACUUAUUGCUGGUGACUGGGAGGACUUGUUUUGUUUUGUAAUAAAAUUUCCAUUUCAGA